AUGCAGAUCUUCGUCAAGACCCUCACCGGCAAGACCAUCACCCUGGAGGUGGAGUCCUCUGACACCAUCGACAAUGUGAAAGCGAAGAUCCAGGACAAGGAGGGCAUCCCCCCGGACCAGCAGCGUCUCAUCUUCGCCGGCAAGCAGCUGGAGGAUGGCCGCACCCUGGCAGACUACAACAUCCAGAAGGAGUCCACUCUCCACCUGGUGCUCCGUCUCCGUGGUGGCCACAGUUUGGUUGCAACUGUGCAAUGA